CGUGUGACAGUGGGCGGGGCUUCGCCGGGAAUCAGGAACAAUCUACAGCAGCCUAUCUGCUUACGCGCUUCUGCCUAUGUUCAGCGAUCCUGAACAUAGUGCAUUUCUCUGCCUCUGUUCCUUUCAACCUAAAGCGAUGCCAACAUGGGCUCUUCACAUCAAAUCAAUAUCACAAUGAGAAUUUGGAAAAGUCUGCCGUUGAUUGUUGUAGCGACCUCCAUCUGCCUGUGUUUCUGCAGGGCUGAAGACAGUUCAAUGGAGAACAUCGUGACAGAAAAGAAAGCAGAAGAAAGCCACAGACAAGACAGUGCAGACCUGCUGAUCUUCAUUCUGCUCCUCACCCUGACAAUCUUGACAAUAUGGUUAUUCAAACACCGACGCUUCAGGUUUCUGCACGAGACUGGACUUGCUAUGAUAUAUGGUUUGCUUGUGGGAGUUGUCCUGCGUUAUGCCAUUCAUUUGCCCAGUGAUAUGAGCAAUGCUACAUUGAGCUGUAAUGUCAAUGCCAGUCCAGCUACGUUGCUUGUGAAUGUCAGUGGUAAAUUCUAUGAGUACACGCUGAAAGGACAGAUCGGUGCCAAUCAAGUUAAUAACAUUCAGGACAACGAGAUGCUCCGCAAGGUGACUUUUGACCCAGAGGUCUUCUUCAAUAUUCUCUUGCCUCCCAUCAUAUUUCAUGCUGGAUACAGUUUAAAGCGGAGGCAUUUCUUCAGGAACUUGGGCUCCAUUCUGGUUUAUGCCUUUGUGGGAACUGUUGUGUCCUGUUUCAUCAUUGGGUUGUUAAUGUAUGGCUGUGUGAUGCUGAUGAAGCAAAUUGGCCAACUGGAUGGUGAAUUCUUCUUCACCGACUGCCUGUUUUUUGGUGCCAUUGUCUCAGCCACCGAUCCAGUGACAGUGCUGGCCAUUUUCAGCGAGCUGCAGGUGGAUGCAGAUCUGUACGCACUUCUGUUUGGAGAAAGUGUUCUGAAUGAUGCUGUAGCUGUUGUGUUAUCCUCGUCAAUUGUAGCAUAUCAGCCCACAGGAGAUAACACUCACACUUUUGAAGGCAUGGCCAUGCUGAAGUCCUUUGGCAUCUUUUUGGGUGUUUUCAGUGGCUCUUUUGCCCUGGGAUUGGCAACUGGAGUCGUAACUGCAUUGGUCACGAAGUUUACCAAACUGAGGGAUUUACCGCUGCUGGAGACGGCUCUGUUCUUCCUCAUGUCCUGGAGCACUUUCCUGCUGGCAGAGGCCUGUGGAUUUACGGGUGUGGUUGCGGUUCUGUUCUGUGGCAUGACACAAGCCCACUACACCUUUAACAACCUUUCCCCUGAGUCGCAGGACAGAACAAAACAAUUAUUUGAGCUGCUGGAUUUCUUGGCUGAGAACUUCAUAUUUUCCUACAUGGGCUUGACAUUGUUUACCUUUCAGAACCACAUCUUUAACCCACUCUUCAUAGUGGGUGCAUUCGUGGCUGUGUUUCUGGGCAGAGCUGCGAACAUCUAUCCUCUCUCCUUCCUGCUCAACUUGGGCCGCAGACACAAGAUCAGCCCCAACUUUCAGCACAUGAUGAUGUUUGCAGGUCUUCGUGGUGCCAUGACCUUCGCUCUGUCGAUCAGGGACACGGCCACGUAUGCACGGCAGAUGAUGUUCUCCACCACACUGCUGGUGGUCUUCUUCACCGUCUGGAUCUGCGGCGGUGGCACGACUCAAAUGCUCUCCUGCCAGAAAAUUCGUGUUGGAGUGGACACAGAUCAGGACCACUCUAUCGGCCCUGAUGGAGUGGACAGGAGAAGCACUAAACAGGAAAGUGUAUGGCUGUUCAGGAUCUGGUACAACUUUGAUCACAAUUAUCUGAAGCCCAUUCUGACCCACAGCGGACCACCGCUCACCACCACACUUCCUGCCUGCUGUGGCCCUCUUGCACGAUGCCUCACCAGUACACAAGCGUAUGAGAAUCAGGGGCAGCUGAAUGACGACGACUCCGACCUCAUUCUUAAUGAUAGUGACAUCACGCUCUCCUACGGUGACAUCACCGUGAGCACAGAUGCAUCGGGGGCUCACACGAGCGGGGCGCCGGUGGGUGGAAUGGGAAUGAACUCUGACGAUGCUCUAGAUCGAGAGCUGGCCUUCGGCGAUCACGAGCUAGUGAUCCGAGGUACCCGAUUAGUCCUUCCCAUGGAUGAUUCAGAGCCCCCACUGUCUCUGGACUCCUACCGUCACCGGCACAAGCCCGAAACAAUGAGCUGAACGGGAUAAAGUGUGACAGCACGAGCCUGUCCAUCUCUCUUUCUCUAUCAUCUCUCUCUCUCAUCUGGAGCAAUCAGUCUCAGCAGCUUUCCUGUCUCUCGAGUCGCUGGUUUGAUGUCUCUACCUCAUUCGUCACUCUUUAUUCUGUUCUUCUUUAUAUGACAUCACAGAAAUGCAUUAUUUAUUCAUUGUCUUCGUGGCUCGGCCACAAAACAUCUAACAGCGUCUUUACGACAGCUUAAAGGUUGGAAGCAUGCUCUGGUUCCUCACCAUCUCUAAGGUUACCAUGACAACAGAAUAAGCAUACUUGUAUUGUGUAAAGCAAGGCGUCAUAUUGCCCUGACCUGGCACGCAUGCUUAUUUGUGUCUUCUCUUGAUGUGUGGCCGCUUGUUUAGGAGAUCUGAAGAGUAAGUGGCAACAUUUCUGUGGGUUUAACGCUUUUAACUGCCUUCUCUCUCUCUCUCUCUCUCUUUCUGAUAGUCUAAACCGAGACAGUGGCUCUGCGGUUGCAAUCAAGUGCCUGUCGAAUGUAGUUUCUCACGUAGAACAAAAUGACACUAUCUGCCGUCCACUAGAUGGAGGCUUUGUAGUUUGUCUGGGACCGGCUGCAGAUGGGUGUCAUUUAUGGUCGUAGAGACGUGUGUAACCGGGUACAGGUCUGGAUCUUUUAAUGUGACCUAUGACUGUGAAUCUGUGAAGGUUUUCACGUCUUGAAAUAUGUUAGUUUGCACUGUCAAAUGAUGCAUUUUAAAGAAAGAGAGCCAUUCGUGUUCAACAAUUUUACUAAAACAGUCUAUAUAUAGUUAAUAAAUAUUUCUGUUUCUUCUUUUUCUAGAUCCCACCUUGUAAUGUUUAAGAUGUUUAAAGAACAAGAUGUCAUGUUUAACUAUGAAUGUUUAAAACAACAAACAUAUAGAUUCUACAACAUUAUGGUAUUACAUAAUAUUAUAUUAUAUUUUACAUUAUUAUAGAAUUACAAAAUAUAUUAUAGAAUUACAAAAUAUUUAUAUAGUGCUCAUACUUUUUGUGGUAUAGGGCUAUCUAGUAUACACAAAUAAAAAUUGCAGGAUCUGUUUAAAAAAAAAAACGAUGGGAUUUAUGCCUGUACCUUUUUAUAUUCCUAAUUCUGCAUGAAAUGUUAUGAGGAAAAUCAUAACCGUCCACUGUCCCAACGUUCUUAUUGUCUGAUUAAAACGUUUUCUAAUCAAUUAAAAAGGCGAUGUCUAGAUCAAUGUUGAAUGUCACAGCAGCACCGAUGUGGUUUUUAAAUGAGUUGUAAUACUGUAGCUAUUCAGAUUUUAGACUUAUUUAAAAAGGGCUGAAUGAAUUUUCAUGUUCGUACUUUACGGAAAGAAAAAACUCGACCUUUUUGCAACUGACUGACAUCUGAAAAACACAUUUACAUUACAUUAUGAAUGCAGCGAAUUCAUUCUGCGCUAAUGGCAUUGCAGUAUGAUCUUUACAUUUAAGCCUGCGUCCCAAUUUAAGUGCUAUUUACCCAAAGUAGUAUGCAAGAGAAAGAUUAGUGCAUCCUAAAUCAUACUUCCAAUCCGUUGGAUAUUGCUUGGAUAUUAUUUAGAAAUAGCAAGAGUUUUUAAUGGUUCUUUAUGAAACAUUUUAGAGAAUUCUUGAUUGUGAAACUUUAAACAGUUUUAGAAAUUUGAUCCCCAUACAAUCAGCUUAACAAUGAAGGAACAGUAGCAGAAAACAAAUCUUUUUUUUUAUUAUUUGGUCAAUGUUGCUGUGGUUUUUGUUGCUGUUGGUGGACUGUGUAGAAAACGCUGUUUGGAUGAGAGCCAUUGGAUGUCGUUUACUCUAUAGCAACAGUGUUUGUAUGGUGAAAGUUGUGCAUUCUCUGGCUUGUUGAGAGAAUUUUCCAUUAAAGUGAAACACGUCUUAUUCGAGCGUGAUGAUGGCUUUCUACACAGUUAUCUCCUGCUGUGCAGGAUGAUAUGAUGAAGAGUUCACAGUAUUGUAGUCUUUGCUUCUACUUAAUAAUAUACAUAAUGCACAGUGUGUGUAUUUAGAUGUGAGGCAAUUGAAUUAAGCAUUAUAGCAGAUUUGCACUCUUCCAUUCUUUGUUUUUGCCUUUUGUACCUUUAGGGUUGCCAGGUUGUCAUAGCAAAACAGGCCAGAUGCUACUCAAAACUAGCCCAAAAAACUAAAAAAUUACAUGUUGGGUUCACCCAUUUGCAUAAAGGUUUGUAUAGUUAGAACCCCAUUCAUGUUUUUGAAUAUUUGUGCAUCAUUUCCUCAGUUUCCGCUGAGACAGGAGAAAUGCAGAUUUCAGUGUUGCACUUCCUUCUUUCAAUGAUGUAAAAAUCAUCAUUUUGCAUCAUUGAAAGAAGGAAGUCCAAUAUCUUUGUUGAGGGAGUGAGACUACAAACACCCCUUUUCUCGGUCAAAUAGGCACCAAAUUCAAAAUGUAUGUUACAUUUCGACUACAAAUAUGAUGCACUUUCAAUAAAGAUUAAUGUUUCUACGGGUGAAAUGCUCCUUUAAACAAUGCUGGGUUGUUUCAAGCCAAAAUUCGGUUGUUUUGUUUGUUAAAAUAUUUUUUUUUCCAUUUUGAACCCAAUAACUGGACUUGACCCAAUCGUAGCCAAUCACAUUUCAUGUGGGUUUUCUGGUAAACAUCAAGUUCUUUUUUUUGUGACAUUAUAGCAACUGUGAUAAAGUAUCCCAAUUAUGCAUGAAAACUGCAGACUUGGCAACCCUGUACCUUAAUUACCUGUUAAUACAACGCAUCAUUAUCCUCAGACCCUCGUUGUUUUCAGAUGAAUGAAUAAAUUUAGGAUGACAUAUUUGAGGGGUGAAUUUGUUAGAUGAUGUUUGUAUUGGUAGUAAACGAGGAAUCUUAUUCUUUUUCAGAGUACAGACUUUAUUGUAAACUAGAAGUUUCUGUACGUUUAAAACAUAUUGUUACGGUAAAUAAUCUGUGAAGCUCAUUUUGUGUGUGAUUAUUUUAGGUUGUUAAACUUUUUUGUUUGUUUUGAAGCAAUAUAGAUGUUUCUCCAAAACACCGAAAGGUCAAACAUGAACCAUGACAGUUUAAAUAUUAACAAACGUGUGCAUCCCAGCUAGUGCAAAGUAGCAGAACCAAGAUAAAUGGACUUCAGUAGGGUGAUAAAUGUGCUGUUUUCACUGGUACGUAACUGUGUGUUAGUCACACUAUGUGCAGCCUCUAUUCUAAUGUGUUGCAGGUACUGACUGUUUACAUCUGUGUAAAUAUUCUCAUCUGUUUAUGUGCGUGCAAUGGUCAAUAAACAAAAGCCUGUGCUUUCAAUUGAA